UGGUUGUUGAAGGCUUGUGUAUGACUCGGCGUUGCGCUUGAAGCUGAACGAGCUGAGCCCCGGGGGCAUCCUGAGGAAUUUCGGCAUCUGCUGCGGUAACUUCAUCAGCUCGCCAAGAUGGCGAUGCAAGCUGCCAAGAGGGUGAAUAUUCGCCUUCCACCUGAAGUAAAUCGGAUUUUGUAUAUAAGAAAUUUGCCAUACAAAAUCACAGCUGAAGAAAUGUAUGAUAUAUUUGGGAAAUAUGGACCUAUUCGUCAAAUCAGAGUAGGGAACACACCUGAAACUAGAGGAACAGCUUAUGUGGUCUACGAAGACAUCUUUGAUGCCAAGAAUGCCUGUGAUCACCUAUCAGGAUUCAAUGUUUGUAACAGAUACCUCGUGGUUUUGUACUAUAAUGCCAACAGAGCAUUUCAGAAGAUGGACACAAAAAAGAAGGAGGAACAGCUGAAGCUUCUCAAGGAGAAGUACGGCAUCAACACAGAUCCACCAAAUUCAAGCAGGGACCAAAUGGAAGAUGGACUAAUUAUUUUGUGUACAGCUGUAACCCGAAAGAAAUUUGAAGAGUACAUGCACUGAAUCAUUUAAAUGGACAAUGAGCAUCUGUUCUACCUUUGAGUUUGCUUAGCUUUUAAAUCUAUCAUAACUUUAAGAACACCAUGCUAUUUUGUAUUAUUGUACUGUUUUCUCAAAGCCAACUAUUGAAAAUGAAGAAAUGAUUGUUUUAU